AAUACCUCAUACCUUUUUUCAUUCUAAAUCUUUUUGUAAAAAAAAAAAAAGAAAAAAAAAGAAACAUAAAAAAGAAGAAUUCAUCUCUUAAGCAUUACUUGAGAUUUGAGAAUUUCCAAUUUCAUUUUAUAGAGAUUUUCACUAUUUUUUGAGGAAUUAAAUCUCCUUUUCCAUUAGAAUUUCAAAGUGUUUAUCAAUGGAUUUUAGGCGACCAUCGCGUUAUUUCUUGACCAUCUUUCUGCUUGCGAUUGCUGUUCGGUUUUCUCCAUCUGCAGCUUCCGUAGCGGGCAAAGAUAUCAAUCCUCCGUUUCCUAAAGCUAUUUCUGAUUUGAAAGAGUCGAUUGUAAAGGGGUUAGGUUUCCAAGCUGAGGAUUUCAAGAUAUCUGGGUUUGAUUUGAGGGAUGCUCUGGUGGGUAGGUCGGUGUCGUACGAGUUUGAUGUUGAAAUUGAUAAUAAAGUUGUUCCCUUGAAGCUUUUGGAGGAUGUGAAAAGAUGGGAGUUUGUAGAUUUGCCCAUUUUCCGGGUAGAGCGAGGUGAAGAAAAUGGGUUGGUUGAAAGGCGGACAUUGGAGAAUCAGUUGCCUGUUUUGGCACCAUUUACUUUGGCAGGUCCCAUGGAGCUCUGGAUCCAGGAUGCCAAGGACAUGAGAAUUUCACUACCACAUGAUGUGGAUGCUGGGGAGCUGAGAAAAGUGAUCUUAGCCGAUGGUGCUGUCGUUACAGUCAAGGGUGCCAGAUCUGUUAGCCUGCGCCACCCUGUAGAACUUCCACUGCCCUUCAACAGAACGAUAAAUGGGUUUGCCUCUGGUAUGUUGGCAUUGGCUGAAUAUUUACGUCAAGCUUCUCUCGCUCAAGAGGGACCUCUCCUCUCUCUUCGAAUUGUUGGCCCUACAUCUCUUACAUCCCCCACCUCAUCAUCUUCCCGUUCUGCAAACAAGCUUAAGCUUAAACGGCUUGCACCUGGUCUUGUUGAGUUGUCAUCAGUGUCAAAAUUGAAAGCCAUGGACGCCAUCUCCACUAUUGAUCUCCAGGGAGAAACCACUUCACUUCUUACAGCCAAUCAAUUCACUACAUUGUGGCCUGUUACAUCUAUCAAUGGUUCAAACUCGAACUUGAUUGGUUUUGAGGCCUUGCUUUCUAAUUUACUGGGUCCUAAAGCAGGUAAAAAGGGUUCUUUCAAGUUGCUGAAGGCAGAUGUAUCAGCCCAGACUUUUGUGAAGAUUGGUUUUGGAGUUGAGAAGAAGUUGAAGGAAGGAGAUGGGUUCAAUUGGGAGGGUUAUCCAGAGUGGAGAACUAAGCCUGAAACUGUAAGGAUGCAUUUUGAAGUUCUGGCAAAGGUAGACGGUGAAAAAGUUGUGCCAGAGAAAGUUGUGCAGGUCGAUCCAAUAACUAUCGAGGAUACAGUGGCACCCAGUGUGCAGUUGGGCAAUGUCUCCAUGUCAAAGACCCCAAUUGUUCACCAACCUCCAAAUCCACUCACCUUGUAAAUUCCUUAGACGGGCAAGAUUUGUGUUUGAGCAAAACUGUAUAUAAAACUGCCCUCUUCUUUUGUCCUCUGUUUUUAUAGCUAUUACAUACAUCAGGUACAAAGAAGACUUGACCCUCUAAGAAUUCAUCAAAGAAGUAUCAGGAAUAUAUGCCCGAUCUUUUUGGUAUUCUCCACAA